AUGAAUUGGUACCGUAUAGAUUUAUCUCUUAAUAGUAUCGGGGCUGCCAUGCGCCGCCUCGCCGGGAACGUAUUGGCGCCCAGUCUUUAUUGUAUCUAUGUGUUGCAACUUUUGGUCAUCAUUGUUCUAGAGGCGUCUCGGGACACGAUUGCAGGGUGGUUCAAGUUAGCAAUCUGUUCAUUGCGUCCGUUUUACUGCUAUAAGAAAGUGAGAGACGCCCAAGGUCGAUUUUCUGCUGAACAAUGUGAACGCACAAAGUUGUAUUUCCUGACAAGUUGGGCGGCGGUUAAAAGUCGCUUUUGCGAUCUCCCGCAGAAGCUGCUGGAAUCCAGCGAGAAAAUCAUUGGCGCCACUUUGAGUGGUGACUGGCUCCACUCAGUUCUAGGAGGACUACCCUUAAUAAGUAGUCGGAACAUGGAGGGUUCACAAGGUUCGAGAAACUCUAUGAAAACUGCUGCGCCACAGAAUAUGAAUGAUGAUACAAAAACAACCAGAAAGGAAAAUGGAAACAAGGAAACCCUUCAAUCGAAGCAAGCGAAACCCCAGAAAAGCCAAGUGGCCUUUCCUCGCCUCUUCUCGAUUACAAAGCCAGCUGCCUCGGCACCUGUGCCUCUGGCACCCAAACUUUUGAAACUGAAAGGGCCAUUCCACCUGGCAGAACCUGCUUCGUGGAAAACCAGAGCACUUUUUCCUUCUAAAGCUAACACCGCAAUAUCUGAUAGCUCAAGCACCGUUUCUGAAUUCAGGAACCCAUGGACCGAGCAGAAACAGAGGAAAUUGGAUACCUCUACUAAUCAACCUCUGCAAGUGCUGCCGGCAGAACCUCCUGUGAUGCCACAGAGGUAA